UUUCUUUACACAAGAGAACAACAUUUUCAUCAUGGAAGAUAGAAGAUUGAAGUUUAUAAGAUACUCAUACUGUAAAAGCUAAUCUAGAUUAGAUCUAGAUAUCUAGAGGUCUAGAUCUAGUAGCCCAAGCCCCAAGACAAAAAGCAGUGCCUUCCCUUCACGACGUGCGACAAGAAACGUCAAAAUUUAGACAAGAGGGCGAGGAGAAAGAAAGUGUUCUUUUAGAAGAGCAAGUGACGGAUAAAUUGAAUGAAAAUGGAGUACGUACAGGGAGACAUUCAUAUUUGCGGUGGCUGCCGCUCUGAAUUCAGUGACAUAGAGAAAUUUAUUUGCCACAAAAGGCGGUGUGUGCUGGUUAGGUCUGGGAAGGUUCUGCCAAAGACACUACAGACUCCCCAAUCUCAGGGCUGUUCUUCUGUGUACAGCAGAUCAGAGCAACAGUUAUCCAGCCUUUCUAUGCACAAUGACUCUCUAUAUGUCGUCGCAAAAUCUUCUUCAUUAGAAUUGAGAGCAGGAGAUGCUGAGGCCAUCCAUUAUGACAGUGGCCAGUAUAAGAUUGACACCGCUUUCUCAGAAGGGGAUGCUUUGAAAGAAAUUUCAAAUCAGUCAUCACUCCCAAAUCUCAGUUCAGCCGAGUGGCUCCGUUUUUCAUCAAGCAUGCCAUCGGCCUCACAAAAUUCUCAGGUGCUGAGCCACAAUGUCCAUGCCUGGCCUCAGAAGGAAUGCUCCCUUCCAGAGACAAUGCUGCCCCAUGAACAUUUGUAUGUGUCUCAAGUGACUCCUGUUGCUGGUGAGAAAAUUAUGGCUGAUGACACUUUAAGUCAAAGUGGAAAAGUUGUUCCAGGCUGCCUUCAUCAUAGCUCUGAAGAGAGUCAGGGCACAAGCAGCAAAGACCACCCAGAUAUAGAUGUAUAUGUUGUUGACUCUCAAACAUUCGGAACAAAAAGUCAAUCCCAACAAAAUGUUAAUGUUCAGACACAGUGUCAUGAAGCUGAACACAAGAGGUUGCCAUGGCCUGCAACAUCAGCAUCUACAGAUGAACCUGGAUGUACAUUAGAGUCCUUCUCGGCUAUGAACUACAAGCAUUUGGGAUAUAUUGAUGAAACACCUUCAGUUGCCUCAGCCCACCACUUAGCUCCUAAUCAUGAAAUCUCUAAUUCUUUAUAUAUCGAUGAAGCUUCUGAUCAAACGGAAAGCAUAUCGCAAGAGCAAGUGGUGAAUGCAAAUGGUUUGCAUGUCUGUGAAAAGGAUACUGGUUCUUACUCUGACAGCUCCACUCCUUGUCCUGAGGACUUGGAAGUUGGCCAGAUAUCAGCAGCAAUGGCUGGUCAAGAAAACCAGCAGCAUUCCUUAAAAACUUUGCUGGGCGUUAAUCGACAAUUAAAGCAAAAACUUCCACCUUGCAACCCAUCUGAAGCUGAGAUUUCUGGAAUUAGCUUCUUGCCCAACUCCUCCAUCAGCAUGGAUGUCAACUUUCAUGUGCCUCAAAGUAAUUUGACAUGCUACAUCCGGGAAAACACUGCCAGUGCCCCGAUCACCAAAACUGAUACUCAGGUCGAGUCAAAAACAGAGACAAAAAAGACGUUGGAGAAACGAGAGAGACUUCGAGGAGUGUCAGAUGAUCUGUUGUCAUCAGCUUCUCCCUGCAUGUCGGAUGACUCUGUCUCAAACACUAGAGAUAUGGAAGGAAGUGCAGCUGUCUCAGCACGAAAGAAUGCAAUGAGAUCAUUUUCGAAAGGGUCGCAGCAAGAAACUCUUGGCGAUAAUGAGGACUGUGUCUCAGACUCUUCAGUAGUACUUCCAACUCUGAGAGGUUACAAGGCCGUUUUCACCAGCCCAUCUAGUGCCGGACACAGGCUGGCUCCGAGACAGUUGUGUGACCCUUCAAUGACAGACCUCCUGACCUCGCCCAAUGCCAACUGUCAGAUCUCAAAAGGAAGUCUCUUCACCGAGAGUUCUUUAACAGGCCAGUCUUCUAUGGAGUUCAAAGACAUCUCCGCAUCUGUUAAAAUGAAAGACGAUCGAGUUUCUCCAGGCUCCAAACUGAAGAAUAGUUCUGUGGUCAAGAAGAAAGCUUUGAGACGCCUUAUUUUUAGAGACGAUCCGGAGCAAGAAAGCAGUCACAAUGUAACAGAACGGCCUGUUCAGUUUUCAUCGCCACAAGAUUCCUGUCACAGGAAGAAAGAUCUUAAUUCACUAGCUGGCAGAAAUGAUAAUGACUCUUUAACUACUGCCACAUUUUCUUGUUCUCAUUUUGCUUCUCCUCAAGUGUCCUCUAAAAUUUGCCCUUCAAAUUUCUCAAGUGAGAAUAGUGGCAGCACUGAGUCAAAAUUAAAUGAAGAAAAUAUGUGCAGCCUUCCAGUCUCUGAAUCUCCAGGAGCAUCUCUGCCACUGGUAGAUCACCAGCCAGGCAUAAUUGUAUCACAGACUGAUCAGAGCACAGCAGAAGCUCCCCGCGAACACUUUCCAAAUGUUCUAAGUGCAGCUGAUGCUCACAUCCCAGCAGGUACCUCAUCUGAUCCCAACACAGUCAUCAUGGUUUACAGACAAGGUGGGGGGAAUUUUGUCGUAAUCCCUGAUGAUACAUGCCAACUGCCCAUGUCUGGCUCAGAACAUGGUUCUGUCUUACAAAGGACAAAGAACUUGCUCCUCCAGCCAGACACAGAGGCUGCAAGGGUCAACAUCCAAGAGCAGAUAAAUGCACAGACUGUCGUAAAGCUACAGUCGGCAGCAGAUCAAAUCCCUUCCUCUGUGGACAUGAAGAUCUGGCCAACCCAGGACAGCGCAGCCCCCAUCUCCCAUACUCUUCCCCCCUCCUUGGCUGGGUUGCAGAGCACGGAGAAGGAAAAAUAUAUCAUGAAACCGCGAGCGAAGAAAGUGUCUAACAGUGCGCGGCAACAGAAAAGUGGAAGCCUAUCUCAGUCGCGGUCCGUCCUGGCUUUGAGCUCAGAGGCAACACCGGUUCGUGUAAACAGUGAUGACGUGACAGCUCCCAGGAGUACACAGGCUGGUCUUACUCAGUUGGCGGCAAAAGGUUCAGGAGCCAACAAUAGUUCACAACCUGCUGAUAAAAAGACACCUCCAAAAUAUCGCUGCGAGUAUGAAAAGUGCAGCUACACCACCAGCCUGUACAAAGACAUCAUGCGCCACCAACGAACGCACACGGGAGAGAGACCUUUCACCUGUAAGGACUGCGGCAAAAAGUUCAACCGCUCAGACAAGUUGAAGAUCCACCUGCGUGGGCAUUCUGGACUCAAGCCUUUCCAGUGUUCUGUGUGUGACUACGCCUCUGUAGAAAGUGGAAGUCUGAAGAAACACAUGAGAAUCCAUACAGAUGAAAGACCUUUCAAGUGUCAGAUUUGUCCGUAUGCCAGUCGCAACUCAAGCCAGCUAAUCGUGCACCUGCGCACUCACACUGGAGAUUCCCCCUUCCACUGCACCAUGUGCUCCGCACAGUUCAAGAUCAACUCUGACCUCAAACGACAUCUGAGGAUCCACACAGGGGAGAAGCCAUUCCCUUGUGAUAAAUGUGACUACAAGUCCACAAAUAAAGGUAACCUGAAAACACAUUACAAAAUCAACCACUCAAAGGACAAUGAGAAGUCAUGUCCCAAGUGUGAGUUCACGACCUCCUCGGCCAAACGCUUCAGAGAGCACAUGAAAACUCACGACUCUAAACGGGUUGUACGUUGCACGCGGUGUGAGUACACAUGUACCAGCCUGACUGCACUCCGGAAUCACAUGAGCAUCCACAACCCAGUGCGUCCUUUCCAGUGCCACGUGUGUUCCUACUCCUCGAAGCAACGGGGGAAUCUGAAGAAACACAUCCAGAACCUGCAUCUGGACAAGUUCAAGUCGGGGGUGCAUGGGAAGAAUUUCAGUACUUCUGAGCCUGUUCCGCGACCCAACACAGAGCAGGUGAAAAAGCAGAGGUCCAGCAAUCAAGAGCAGAUAGUGGAGUGUGGUCGGACACGGCGCUCCACCAACUAUCGCAAGAUGCACCAGUGUGAGGAGUGUGGCUCCCGAUUUGUUCGAGAGGACUCGCUGCGAUGUCACAUGAAACAACAUUCAGGAAAACAAGAAGAAGUCACAUCCACCAACAGAGAACAGACAGAAUGUGUCUCUGAAAACAGGCAGUUGUUUUCCUCACUACCUCUAACUAGGGUCUCUUCAGGCUCGGUGGAGCAGAGUGUCCAAGUCCGACAGGGCAUGCAUCACAUCGCUGCAGCGGCUUCUAAAGCUUUUCAGGAGCAGUUUAUCGGAGGAGGUGGAAGGGAAAAUUCACCCGAACAACUGGAGGUGGUAGCAGAUGUAGAUUGCAGUACAACCACCACCACCUCCUCUCUCCAUUAUCGGGACAAGAGUGACUCAUUAAGAAGUAUGGGUCAUGCAUGUACUACUACAAGAGUAACGCCACAUCCAAUUGCUCCGAGUCGAGUCAAGAGGUCAUCUGCCAUCCUUGAAUCUCAUGGACAAGUGAAGAAGGAGUCGCUGGAUGCUCCAGCAUUGUCGUCUUUGAAUUCUGUUGACACCAAAGGCCAGCCACCAUGGGAGCAUCGCUCAUACACACUGUCAAGCACUGAUGCUUCGGCCAACACUGGGAAAAGUUCUAACAGGUUAUCUUCACGCCGGCUGGAAAGACGUUUGCAGAAUGUCGCUACAGGCAAUUCAGCAAAUGGGCCAUCAGUUUCAACAGAUUCUCUCCGAGAGAAUGCUUCCUCUGCGAAAUUGCCUCAUACCAAAACCUCAUCGUCUAAGAGCAGGAGGAACGCCAAACGGCAAAAGGUUCAAAAUUCCACCCCGACUUUGCUUCCUCAGACGGUCCCAGGUGGUGUGACUGAGCAGACCCGUGAGAUCUCUGGGUCAAGACAGGUGGUCAGUGCUGAGUUUCUCCUUCAUCAAGGGACAGACACAUCUCAGCCUGCUGCUGCUACUGCUGAACUCCUGCCGGGGCCAUGUGGCGAGUCCAUCAUGCUUCUUUCUCAUCAGGAGGUGAAGGGAGAAGACCCGGCGGCCUACAACCUUCAGCUGGUGCCUCAAGUGUCUGGGGGAGCUCCAGCUUCUAACUCGGAUAUCCUGGCCCUUACACAGGAACUGAUUCGGCAUCUUGGCCUGGCCCAGCCAACGCCCCCUCCUGCCACCCACAUCCAGAUCGUGCUGCCAGGUGCUGCAGUCCCCAAUCCUGGCCAGGUGAUGGGAACCAAUCAAGGUUACAUGUCAGCCCCACAACAGAUUCUGCUGCAGGUUCAAGAUAGUUCUGGCCAACCACAAGAAAUAAUCGCACUGCCGAUGGAGCGAGGGAGUAACUCGACUCUUAUUUCAGGCCAAACAGCUACAUUCUCACAGCAGCCUCAGUCUCAUGUGAGCCAAAUGACCAUGAACCAAGGGAUCCUGUGUCAGGGUCAGAUGCCCAUGAACCAGACAAUUGUCCAAGGAGGUCAGAUGACGAUGUCGAACCACACAGGGCAGCUGGCCAUGAAGCCAUCUUUGUCUCACAACGGUUUUGUGGGUGGUUCGGAAUUGCAGCUGAUCUCCACUAAUCAGAAUGUAGUGUUGCAGGCUCCACCUAAUCAGCUGACGGCUAUGAGAGGAGUGACAGCGCAGCAGUGUCUGGGUUCUGCCUCUGUGGGCUCUGGUGCAGGUAGUGCUUCCAAUGUGUUUACCGAAGGACAGGUAUCGCUGAGUCAGUCUGAGCAGGGAGGAGAAGGGGAGUCUUCCUCCGCAAACCUGACUGUCUACAAUAGUGGCGCUGCCACACAGCACGUGUAUCUGUCAAAUGCACAGCUAACUUCUAAUGAGACGCCCCACCCCCAGACUCGAACCCUGACCUCUGCCAACUCUCUCUCUCACGCAUCCUUUACGGUGUGCGAGUCAGAACCUCUGCAAACCACCCACACCUCUCAGGCGGGGAUAUUAUACCAGCAUCAAGUCCCUUCGUAUAUGAGUGCUCAAAACUCCGCAGCGGUGGUCCAGCAACCUCCUCGUGACAACAACAGUAAUAAUGUUAGUAAUAAUGUCGCCACUGUGGCUCGGCUUUCCCAGGGUGCUGCAGUGAUGCAGACGUUGGGGGAAGCCGUCGUCCCCACAAGCUUGGUACCUAUACAGCAUGGUGUUCAGCCCCCGGCCCUUCACAACAUGGUAAUGCUGAGUGGUGAGUUUCCGAGCAGCACCGCACCGCUUCAGACGACGUCGCAACCGUCCGCUGUGACCCCUGGGUAUCUGUCCAGUGUACUUCCAGACGUGCCAGGUCAGGAGCAGACACUUGCUCAAGGUUCAGAUGGAGUGCCUGUCCCUCUUCAAGAAGUCAUCGUCCACCUACAGCAGACAUCAGGGACCCAAGGAACUCUCGAGGAUUGAUCACCCAAGUCAAAGAUUUGUUUCCCUCUCCCCCCUCGAUCUCUCUCCCUCCCCUCCUCUCCCCCUCCCUUCCUCUGUCUCUUGUAUCUCCUUGU